AUGAUCAAGCAACAGCAGCAGCAGGCGCCGCCUCAGCCGAUGCCGGCGAGUUCCGCCGCGCCACCGGCGCCUAACCCGGCGGCGGCAGCGGCGCCCAGCGGAUGCGAAGGGGAGAAGAAGGCGCCACCGAUCAACUCGGAGCUCUGGCACGCCUGCGCGGGGCCUCUGGUGUCGCUGCCGCCGGCGGGCAGCCUCGUCGUCUACUUCCCCCAAGGCCACAGCGAGCAGGUUGCAGCUUCUAUGCAAAAGGAUGUUGAUGGACAUGUUCCAAGCUACCCAAAUCUUCCAUCAAAGUUGAUUUGCCUUCUGCAUAAUGUCACUUUGCAUGCGGAUCCAGAAACAGAUGAAGUGUAUGCGCAAAUGACUCUCCUGCCAGUUACUUCAUAUGGAAAGGAGGCGCUGCAACUAUCAGAACUAGCGCUGAAACAACCAAGGCCUCAAACAGAGUUUUUCUGUAAGACACUAACUGCAAGUGACACAAGCACUCAUGGAGGCUUCUCCGUGCCUCGUCGAGCAGCUGAGAAGAUAUUUCCACCCCUUGAUUUCUCCAUGCAACCACCCGCUCACGAGAUCCAAGCCAGAGAUUUACAUGAUAAUGUAUGGACAUUCCGCCACAUAUAUCGAGGGCAGCCAAAAAGACAUCUGCUUACCUCUGGCUGGAGUCUUUUUGUGAGCGGAAAGAGAUUAUUUGCUGGUGAUUCUGUCAUUUUUGUUAGGGAUGAAAAGCAGCAACUUCUACUUGGAAUCAGGCGUGCUAAUAGACAGCCAACUAACAUAUCGUCAUCUGUCCUUUCAAGUGACAGCAUGCAUAUAGGAAUUCUUGCUGCUGCAGCCCAUGCCGCUGCCAAUAAUAGCCCAUUCACCAUAUUUUAUAAUCCUAGGGCCAGUCCUACAGAAUUUGUCGUGCCGUUUGCUAAGUAUCAGAAGGCACUCUAUGGUAAUCAAAUAUCUUUAGGAAUGCGCUUUCGCAUGAUGUUUGAAACUGAAGAAUUAGGCACAAGAAGGUACAUGGGUACAAUAACUGGCAUAAGUGAUCUAGAUCCAGCAAGAUGGAAAAACUCACAAUGGCGCAACUUACAGGUUGGCUGGGAUGAGUCUGCAGCAGGCGAAAGGCGGAACAGGGUUUCAAUUUGGGAGAUCGAACCGGUUGCUGCUCCAUUUUUCAUAUGCCCUCCACCAUUUUUUGGUUCAAAACGUCCCAGACAAUUAGAUGAUGAGUCCUCAGAAAUGGAGAAUCUCUUAAAGAGGGCAAUGCCAUGGCUUGGUGAGGAGAUAUGCAUAAAGGAUCCACAGACACAGAACACAACAAUGCCUGGUCUGAGCUUAGUUCAGUGGAUGAACAUGAAUAUGCAGCAGAACUCCUCGUUUGCAAACUCGGCGAUGCAGUCCGAGUACCUACGAUCACUAAGCAACCCCAACAUGCAAAAUAUUGGCGCGGCUGAUCUCUCAAGGCAGUUAAACCUGCAGAACCAGAUUCUGCAACAGAACAGCAUUCAGUUUAGUUCUCCCAAACUUCCUCAGCAAAUUCAGACGGUCAAUGAGUUGUCAAAGGCAUCACUUCCACUGAAUCAGCUUGGUGUGGGCACCAAACCGCAAGAGCAAACUCAAGAACCAAGCAAUCUGCAGAGGCAACAACAGUCCAUGAACCAACUACUUCCAUUGAGCCAGUCUCAAACCAAUCUUGUCCAGGCUCAGGUCCUUAUCCAGAAUCAAAUGCAGCAUCAGCAGCAGCAACCACCAUCCAUGACUCAAAAUCAGCAGCCAGCUGCCAGCCAGUCGCUGCUCCUGCCCCAUCAGCAGCGGCAACCACCAUCCAUGACUCAAAAUCAGCAGCCAGCUGCCAGCCAGUCGCUGCUCCUGCCCCAUCAGCAGCAACAUCAACAACAAAAGUUGGUACAUCAACAGCAGCAGCUUUUACUUCAGCAACAACAAUUGCAGCAACAGCAGCAAAAUCAGCAACAGUUAAAUAAGAUGGCUGCGCAAGUGCCAAAUCUGGCGCCACAUCAGCUGCAACUGUAUGAUCAGCAGCUUCAACUGCAACUGCUACAAAAAUUGCAACAGCAGCAGCAGUCGUUGCUAUCACAACCAGGUGUUACUCUUGCACAAUUACCUCUAAUCCAAGAGCAGCAAAAGUUGAUUAUUGAUAUGCAGCAGCAGCUGUCAAAUUCUCAAUCACUUUCCCAGCAACAAAUAAUGCCUCAACAAAGUACCAAAGUUCCAUCACAGGCAACGCCACCACCACCAACCGUGCAACAAGAGUCACAACAGAAGCUUCCACAGAAGCAUGUUGGGUUCACUGACACAUCACAUACUGCCAUUCCUCCAAUUAUAUCAGUCAAUACCAUUUCAGCUGUGGGAAGUCCUCUGAUGGCAACUGGUGCCACACAUUCUGUACUUACCGAUGAAAUCCCUUCCUGCUCAACAUCACCUUCGACAGCUAAUGGUAAUAAUCUUGUGCAACCAGUCCCCGGAAGAAACCAACAAGGCAGCAUGAUCAACUAUGAGAAGGUGCCUCAGUCUACUAUUCCUAUGUCAAUACCAAGCUCCCUGGAAGCUGUCACGGCGACGCCAAGAUCAAUCAAGGAACUGCCAAAGUUGAAUUCUAAUGUCAAGCCAAGUGUAAUUGCUUCAAAGCUACCAAAUACAGGGCCUGUACCUCAAAAUUUGGGUAACAAUGCACCCCCGACGGACUAUCUGGAAACAGCUUCAUCAGCAACUUCAGUGUGGCUUUCCCAAGCGGAUGGACUUCUACAUCAUGGUUUUCCCAUGUCUAACUUCAAUCAGCAGCAGAUGUUCAAAGAUGCGGCUCCUGAGACUGAUAUUCAGGGUGCAGAUCCCAGUAAUAACACACUCUUUGGAAUAAAUAGUGAUGGUCAGCUGGGCUUUCCCAUGGGAGCGGAUGGCUUCUUAUCGAAUGGAAUUGAUGCUUCCAAGUAUCAGAAUCACAUUUCAACAGAUGUUGAUGGUAACUACAGGAUCCCAAAGGAUGGUCAGCAAGAAAUAUCGUCAUCCAUGGUUUCACAGUCAUUUGGUGCAUCAGAUAUGGCAUUCAAUUCAAUUGACUCUGGUAUGAAUGAUGGUGGUUUCGUGAACAGAACUUCUUGGCCUCCUCCUCCCCUAAAGAGGAUGAGGACAUUUACCAAGGUGUAUAAACGUGGAGCUGUAGGUCGGUCCAUUGACAUUAGUCAGUUCAAUGGAUACGAUGAGUUGAAGCAUGCUCUGGCUCGCAUGUUUAGUAUGGAGGGGCAACUUGAGGAACGACAGAGAAUCGGCUGGAAACUUGUCUACAAGGAUCAUGAGGAUGACAUCCUACUUCUUGGUGAUGACCCUUGGGAGGAGUUUGUCAACUGUGUGAAGUGCAUUAGGAUCCUUUCGCCUCACGAAGUGCAGCAGAUGAGCUUGGAUGGGGAUCUGGGGAACAACAUUCUCCCCAACCAGGCCUGCAGCAGCUCGGAUGGCGGGAAUGCCUGGAGGGCUCGCUGCGAUCAGAACUCCGGUAACCCUUCUACUGGUUCAUAUGACCAGUUUGAAUGA